GUGAAGCUUACAUUCGCCAAGACUGCAACCCUCGCGCAUAAGCUUCUAAACUACAGGCCCGAGUCUUUUCUCUCGGAUCGACAGUGUUUUCCUGCUUUAUUCCUUUCUCCUUGUCGGUGUUCCUUUCCAACCACGAUGGACAAUACCACCAAGCGGCCCCCGUCAACAGAGUGGAGCGAGCUAUUUGCGCAAAACCCCUCCUAUGAGCCGACUACGUACAAGGCACUCGACAACCUCGCGUCGAAUGGCGACCUCGCUUUUCUGCAUGCCAAGUUCUGGAACGAGAUCCGUGAAUGGACCCGGAAUGACAUCACGGAUAUGUCGCGCAUCGUUCACCCAGAUCUUGCGGGACCCGGGAGCAUUUUUAUCGGGGGCAUGAACCAUGCGCUCAACGAAGAUAUUCUUGCGAAAAAUGAUAUCCAUGCGGUUAUUGCUAUUCAUCCCAAGGACUCACUUGCAUGGGACAAGAGCAACACCUCCUACGGUCUACAAAGGUUCUUCCCUGGCGAAAACGGCAUCACAAGCAGCGUCGUGAAGUACCCCCUCAUUAUUCCGCUAGAGGACAAUGCCAACUCAAAUCUGAUCGACUACUUCGAUGAGACUAAUGCUUUUAUCAAGUGGCAUACUGGCGAGGGGAGGAAUAUCUUGAUCCACUGUAAAUCUGGGCGCUCACGCUCCGUCGCAGUGCUAAUCGCGUAUAUGCAACAAAAGUUCUGCUCCGAAAAAGGCAUUGCGUCUGUGAAGGAUAAGAGUGAAGCCAAGGAGCAGAUGCGGAUGCACCGCGAGGAGAUUACAGAGGCGAUACGUACGCAACGCCUCCCUGUCGUCGUCAUAAUGGAACGUUUUGAUGAGCUGCUGGCACGCUACGACCUCAAACUCAUCGAGGAUCCGUGCUAUGAGAGCGAGAAGAUUAAUAGGCCUCCUGCUUCGGAAACUAUGAAACCUAAACUUGGUGAGCCAGACGAACAGCCGGAGCUUGUAGCGAAGAAGGAGAGUAAGGUCGUACAGACAAAAGGUGGCGCGGCAGUGCUUAAGAUAUGUGUUGCUUCAGCUUUCUUCAAGAAUAACCAGAAGCCUACGGAAGCUGUGGUGCACCAAUUCUUUGAAGUCAAUGAGGCCUAUUUCUAUGAGCUAGAAGCGUUAGAAUACAAGGGAAGGUCGUAUGUUGGUUCUGAACAUGCAUGUCGCGGCCUCGUGGAAUUCUUCUUCAGCACCUACGGAGCCUCGUCGCGGUGCCUCUACUUUAUUUACCAAACCGCUUCUGACGACAACGACAAGGUGACUUCAUGGGGUUGCGGGGAGACGCCGACGACAUACAUCGUCGGACCGCUGCAAGUUGAGCAAACCGCAUCAGCGACGGCCCCGACGAAUGACGAAACAGACUCGAACUCCGGUCUUUCAAAGGACGCCACGAUUGCUCUUGCCGUUAUUCUCCCUGUUGUAGGGUUGGCGAUUCUUGUGGCUGCAGCCAUGUUGUUCAUCCGGCGGCGUAAGAAGAGAGAGCGCAACGCGGUUUCUCGAGUCGCUGAUGGAGCAAGAUCUGAGAUGGAGCAGACUACGGAAUGUGCGCCUGUCCCUGCAGUACCGCCGUAUGAGAUGGGUGACAAUGUCUUGCGGCCCGAACUAGACAGCCGUGAGGUACGUUAUGGGGCUAAUUGA